GUGAGAGACGGAGAGAAAUAAAGCGGCGUUGAAGUCGAGUUCUUCAAAAGUACAAUUAUUGCCACGCAGCUGCACUAUCCGUAAGUGGUGCUUCAGCUUUCUAACUACUUGCUCACCGGCUGACCACGAAGUACUAGAUAUCCACAUGUCCUCCCUCUUCGCCAGUGCUCUUGGUCGACGUGGCCCCCGCGGGGAGCAGGAGCUGACAACCCUCCAAAAGUGCAAGCGGCUCUUGAUGCUGCCGUCGAUUUUUCUGGCGAAGGUUCUCGGGAUCGGACCCCGGUUAGCGACGUUGGAAGAGCCCUAUUUGAGCCUCGUGCUGAACCUGUUGCUCUUCAGCUCCUAUGGAAUUCCGAUUGGACUGGUAUUGUCCUACUGGCUCUACGGGGAUCUUGUUUUCACCUACGGAAUACCGAUUGUCGGCGUCGCGCUGCUCGGGUACGGGGCCAAUCAGUGUCUGGACUAGUAGUAGUCCUCAAGGAUCCGCAUCCGGGUCCGGAAGUGAGCCUGUAUAUGGCUUAGUCUACUUCCGCUGCAAUUUUAUUUAUACAUUGUGAUUUUCGAUUGGUUCCAGUAUACGUCCAGUGUUCGAGUCCCUGCCGCACCUCGUCGUCAAGAACGUCACAACAAGCCCCAACAAUGUCCCGCCGUAUCGACAUCGAUCCAGACCAGGGCGGCAGCGUCCACUUUAGGCCUGGGCUCUCCAAAAGCCGGACGAGCAUGCGCCUUGCGGAGCUCUCUUCUUCCGCCGACGUAAAGACGUUUUGCGUGGAAAACGUGGAAAUAUCCGGCGGAGACGUGGUGGCCGCUGGUCAACUUCUACAUACGUCCGCGAGCAGCAGCUACCAUGCUCCUGGUUCCAGUGGACCAGACAACAGCGACGGUCGUCGAGAAGAAGUGACGCCGCACGUCGGCCCAGAAGUGGACGGCGGCGAGAAGGAAAAGACACCAAGAAGAAGGGGUGAAAUAAUGGUAGAAGAGGAAGCUGGAUUCAGAACCUCAACCUCUUCAAGUAGACCACCGUCCACGAGCUGGCGCGCUUUCGAGGAGGACGUGUGGACGGAAGAGCAUUUGCAGUACGGACAGCUGUAUGCAAUGCAAAUGUAAUGUCUUGGUCUGGAAUCAUGUGAUUGUGAACUUGUGAUUCCUUUUUUUUAUCAGACACAAACUUCUUAUGCGUGGACAGCCAAAGUACGAAGUAGACCAAGUAUUGCCAUCAAAAUGCAGGUAUUUUUCAUGCGGGAUACAACACAUGGACAUGGAGAGUCUAUCUGGAAACCUGUGACGCUAGUAUUGCUUGCAUCCCAGAGCUUCUUGGUCAAGAAAAAAACCGCGUGGCAAGAAACAUGUGGACUCAUUAUGCAGACCCAGACAUGUUUGUAUCGGAUAAGCGGUUCAAAACCGUGUUUCUCGAGUCCAUCCCGGCCCCGGUCGGUUAUUUUUUCUGCUGGCUGUUGGAAAAUAAAGCCUCUGCGCACAACCGGUUCGUCAUUGACGGCGACAAGGUCGCGUUACUUGCCGCGGAGCUGACCGUUUCGCCGACGAUGUGGUUCGUCAUUUUCGCGCUGUGGCUAGCCGACACCGAGGGAAACGAGGAGGAAAAAGUGCACUGGACAGACAUCGCGGUGCUGGCGCUGCUUAAGCUCUACCGCUUUUUCGGCAUUGCUUUGAAGUACGCCUACUUUACGGACUCCGAGCUCGCCUGCGUCAGGGGCACGCAAAAGUACGGGGACAAGGGUGUCGUCUACCGGCGGCUCGGCGGCGCGGCCUUUCACGACGAUAUUGGC